AUGGCCGACCACUCGCGCUCCAGCACGCCGUCGCUCGCGCUGCCCAUGCGCCGCCCGCUCGACGAGGACCACGCCCCGACCGUCUCGUCGCCGCUCAACCCCAACCCCACCGCCGGCGCCGAUGCCGCCGCCCGCGCCCGCCCACGCCCGCCGCCGCGCGAGCAGCGCGAGCAGCGCGAGAAGAAGGAGACGCUGAAGAAGCGCGAAGCCUCGGCCAGCACCCGCGCCUCGACGCCCAGCGCCGCCGCCGCCGCCUCCAAGGCCAAGAAGCCGCCGCGCCCGGCCGCCGACUCGCCCAUGCGCUACUCCAUCCCCGAGCCCAAGGCCUCCGACUACGACGCCCCCCGGGACGGCCUGCUGCUCCCGCACGAGCCCGCCGCCCUGUACGCCCCCGACGGCCGCGCCGAGCUGCGCAAGCCGCACGACCACGCGUGGAACAAGCGCGGCUACAAGUACACGCACUGCGUCGCCGACCCGCUCUUCCGCCACAAGCAGUACUACCGCCAGAGCGACUCGCGGCCCUACGCCCCGCGCAUGAGCCACGAGGACUCGGACAAGUGGUUCCACUUCGACGACAGCGCCACCAUCGUCACCCAGGAGAAGGGCUGGCGCAUGGGCCGCGGCAACGUCGUCGCGCGCGAGGGCCGCCUCUACUACGAGGUCAAGAUCCUGCGCGGCAUCCCCCGCGACCCCGACACCACCACCGCCGCCGACGCCAAACCAGGUCCCCACGUGCGCAUGGGCUGGGCCCGCCGCGAGGCCCCGCUCGACGGCCCCGUCGGCUUCGACGGCUACAGCUACGCCGUCACCGACGCCCGCUUCGAGGCCCAGCACCGCUCGCGCGCCUCCAAGAUCUUCACCCCGCUGCCCAAGGGCGCCAAGAGCAAGCACAUGAAGGCCCGCCCCCCGCACGGCAAGCCCGUCCCCGUCGACUACCUCACCGACCAGCACAUGCAGGAGGGCGACGUCAUCGGCCUGGAGAUCCAGCUGCCCUCGCUCGCCCUGCACCGCAAGGUCGUCGAGGGCAUCUACAACCCGGCCGUCGACCUGGGCGACGGCUUCGACACGGUGAGCAACGCGGACCCCUUUGACAAGCCCGUCGACAUCAUCCGCGACCGCAUCCCCGUCCCCUACAAAGGCAGCUUCUACUUCGAGCAGCUCGACUACCAGGUCACCAAGAUGGUCGAGGCCUACCACGACCGCGGCCCGGUCCCCAAGAUCCACCCCUCGCCCAACCACGAGGACGUCAGUGUCCGCUCCCUCCCCCACUCGCACAUCAAAGUGUACAAGAACGGGCAGGAGGUCGGCAUCGCCUUUGAGAAUCUCCUCGCCUUCCUUCCCCCGGCAAGCGUGCCCUCUGUCGAAGCAGUCAAGGCCGGCGCCCGCACCGGCUUCGACGACGGCAUGGUCGGCUACCUGCCCGCCAUCUCCCUGUUCAACGGCGGCGUGGCCCAGGUCAACUUCGGCCCAGACUUCUGGUGCCCGCCUGCCGACCUGACCACCCAGCAUGGGCCAGACACGCUCAUGGAUGGCAGCGACGCUGUCGAGGACCACGUCCCUCAAGGUCGGCGACUGCGAGCCAUUGGCGACCGAUACAAGGAGCAAAUUGCCGAAGAUGUCGUCUGGGACAUUAUCGAUGAGGUUGACUUUUUCACACAGGACGGGGGCUGGGAGUACAAGGGUGAGGCGCCACAGGACGUGGCGGGCAAGUCGACGCCUAGGGCUCGCGGCUUUGCGAAUCCCGAUGACAACCUCGGUGUGGAAGUGGGCAAGAGGUACUGA